AUGAUCAUAGGAAUGGUGGUCGGUGCCGGGAUUUUGCUACUAAUUUCUGCUUCGUUCGCCUCUGCCAUUCUAAAUGCUGGCAUACAACUUCGUAUUGAAGAACUUUUUGAUACGCCUGGACAUACGAAUAAUUGGGCUGUUCUUGUGUGUACGUCACGAUUUUGGUUCAACUAUCGACACGUUUCCAAUGUACUUGCUCUGUACCACACUGUGAAAAGACUGGGUAUACCUGACAGCAACAUAAUCCUGAUGCUAGCAGAAGACGUUGCAUGCAAUCCACGAAAUCCUCGUCCAGAAGCCAAAGUAUGCGCUCGCGUCAUUAUACAAAAUAUCAUUUAA